AUGCCAGAUUAUCCAGUGAACGUGUCACGAUCCAGCACCUUCAACGUCCCUCAUCCAAUUCACCGCGAUCCGCCAGUCUCCUGCUAUCAACAGUCGGCCCUCGAUAUAACCUUCGCAUCCGCGAAACCCACGAAUUAUCUGUGUCCCAUGGCAUCGCCCACCAUGAGUCAUAGUGGGACCUGUAAACCUCCUGUAGUUAGCCCUUUCAAGAGGACUCGUAAAAGCCGCAUCGUCUUUGAUUUCUCCACCGAAGAGAUGGCUAAGUACUUUCAUAUGUCACAGCGUGAGGCUGCACAGCAACUUGGUGUUGCUACGGUUACCAUUAAGCGAAAUUGCCGACGCCUUGGUAUUGUCUGGCCAUACCGACUUAUGAAAUCAAAAAAUCGCGUUAUUAAGUGCUCUACUAUUUUGCGAGAAGACAUACAGCGCAUUCGUCACACACGUUCGCUUGGACAUGCAGAAGCCGGUCGGUCACAUUCGAUGCAUGACCCUAGACGAUUAUUAGAUGCUUGCAACGACGAAGUCGCCGCUAAGGCUAUAACCUUGCUCAGUCACAGCCAUAUUGAGCUCACGCAAGCUGGCCGUGCAUUUGCACGACUUCCACUGGACUGCGUUCCUCCUCUCGAAUGA